CUGCGCACGAUCGUGACGAGCAUUCAAAAGGCGCCGCUCCGACUCGAAGCCAGCCGACGAUCGAGCAAAAACUCCUGGCAGCCAUGGCGGCCCCGCUCUUGGUCGUCUGCUUUGCCCUGGCACUAGCAUUCAGCCAGGCCAACGACUGCGUUUCAAGGGGUUUCGGCUGUCUUCCGCAAUCCGACUGCCCGCAGGAGGCUCGCCUGAGCUACCAAGGCUGCUCGACCGUCUGCUGUGACUUGUCGAAAGUAACCGGCUGCAAGGGCAAGGGAGGCGAGUGCAACCCGCUCAACCGCAUCUGCAAGGAGCUGGAAAGUGAAAGCUCAUCCUGCCCCAGGGACCAGAAAUGCUGCGUAUGGCUCCAAUAACGAAGCCUCGUCUCCCACGGCACCCAGCUCUUCGUGCUCUCGGGUUGCUAGGGGCGCAGCCUACAACGUCGUCGUUAUGGUCAUUCGAUCGCAAGACUCUUAAAACGAGUUACGAAUAAAGGUGACGAAUAAAAAUUAUAUAUGAGAUGAA